AUGGCAUCGCAGGAAAAGUGUGUUUAUGUUGGCAAUCUCGAUUGGACGAUUACCGAAGAUGAGCUCGGUGAUCACAUGAAGGCGGUCGGGCCUGUCGUGUCGGUCGAAAUUAUGACUAGACAUGAUGGGAAAUCUAAAGGCUGCGGACCACUACGUGUGGGCCCUCGUGACAAAGGCAGACUCGUCUAUGUUGGCAAUUUACCUUGGAGGACCGCCUGGCAAGACCUGAAAGAUCUUUUCCGCGAAUGCGGUGAAGUUAUUCGUGUCGAUAUUGCCGAGGGUUGGGACGGCCGUUCCAAGGGUUUCGCUACUGUUCUCUUCGAAGAUGAGGAGGGCACUGCCAAGGCUAUCGAGAAGUUUAACGAGUACGAUUUUCAAGGGCGUAAGCUACUUGUACGCGAGGACAAGUUCGUACAGUAA